AUGUGUUUAUAUGUGACAAAGGAAAAAAGGACGAAGAGAAGGCUGAAAAAACAGAGUGGUAGCGCAGAAAAAACAGAGCAGGUAAAUGUAAGUAACGUGCAUGUGAGUACAAAGACUAGAGUAGCCUUGCAGACUGCGCAAGGAAUUCUUGUGAGUCAGAAUAGGAAGAGAGUGCGAGUGCUUGAUGACUCGGGAAGUCAAGUCUUUCGUGACAAACAAGGCAAAACAAGAUACGAAACUGCAGCGCAGAACACAAACAGCAUAAACAGGCAGGUGAACAAGUUGUGGGAUUUAGAAACACUUGGGGUCAGGGAAAUUGACGAUGUUCCCGAGGCCUUGUUGGAUAAAAUUGAGUUUAAUGGGCAUAAAUUUAGGGAGAACAAAGUGGCCUUGGUAGGAGACAUAGAGAAAGCAUUUUUGAACGUAGAAGUAAACAAAGCAGACAGUGAGUGUUUAGGAUUUCUGUGGAUUAGAGAUGCGACUAAUGCUAAUUUAGAGGUUGUUGUUUACAGGUUUUGCAGAAUAGUGUUUGAAUUAAGUGCCUCGCCAUUUUUACUUAACGCCACGAUUAGGCAUCACAUAGCGGAAUUUGCAGAAUCACAUCCAGUGCUUGCUCAAAAAUUGAAUGAAGGAUUUUACGUUGAUGACUUAGUUUCGGGGGGCAAAAGCGUACACGAAACGAUCGAUUUAUAUGAAAAGGCGAAAUUUACAAUGUCUCAAGGCGGGUUUAUAUUAAGGAAAUGGAUGACAAAUGACGCAAACGUGCGAGGGCAUAUAGAACAGCGUGAAUGCGAGAACAAUGUCGUGCAGGUGACAGAUCCAAACGAUGAAACAUUCACCCAAUGGAGUAUAGGCUGGGAUUGCGACAAUGAUCUGAUAAUGUUCGACCUACAAAAGUUUGUACUAGACUUGGGUGACACGAAGUCAACUAAACGAAACCUGCUGAGCGCACUAGCAAAGAUAUUUGAUCCGCUAGGAUUAAUUAGCUGCGUCAUAUUUUUGAUGAAAAUUUUGUUUCAGCAGUUGUGCGUAGAAAAGACUGAUUGGCAUGACGAGAUAAGCAGCAAGCACGCCAGUCCAUACACUGAAUGGAUUGAAGAUCUAAACCGUGUUAAGACUAUUGAGCUAAGUAGAUGCAUCUAUAGUGGUGUGAAGGGCAAAAUUCAAUCUUGUGAACUUCACGGGUUUGGUGAUGCAAGCGAGAAAGCGUAUUGCGCGCUAGUAUAUUUUGUUUGUCUCACGAGUUUUGGAGUCUUUGUGAAAUUGUUAACCGCAAAAACUAGAGUUGCGUCACUGAAGAAGCUUACUAUACCGCGCUUAGAACUAAUGUCCGCGCUGAUGUUAGCAAAGUUAAUGGAAUAUGUGCGGAAAGCUUUAGUAGGCCAACUAGGGAAAAUAGAAACGAGCAAUAACACAGAAAGAGAAGUGGGGACAUUGUCCGGGAAUGGAAAUCCCUCUGAUUUAGGAAGCAGGGGAGUGUUUGCGUCGAAGAUACAAGAGCAAUCACUUUGGUGGACAGGACCAAGGCGGCUGAGUAGCGUAGAAAGAGAAUUGCCGCAAUUAGAGGUAGGCGUAACUAAGGAGAGUAAAGAAGAAGAAAAACAAACGGCACUAUUAGUAGUAGAUACUAACGAAGAAAUAGGUAUUCAGAACGUGAUCUCAAUAGAGAGGUACAGUACGGUUGAAAAGUUAUUCCGGGUAACGGCAUGGGUCACACGAUUUGUCAGGAAUUUGAUCGCUAGGAUCAAAGGGAAACAUGAAGAUUUAUCCUUCGCGGAAUUAGAGAGUCAGGAGAUAAAUGAAGCAGAAAAACUUUGGUUGAAGGCUUCACGAGACAGGCUAAAGAAAUGGGAUAAGUUCAAGGAGUCGGAGACACAACUCAAGGUAGUAGAAGAUGAGGGAUUACUAAAAUGUCAGGGCAGGCUAACAGAAUCAGACUUGGAAGAGGAAACGAAGUUUCCAAUCUUAUUACCAAAGGAAGGUCGAUUGCCGGAAUUAACAGUUGAGCAAUGCCACAAAAAGAUGCAUCAUAGUGGAGUUAGGGCAACUUUAGCAGAGAUAAGGUCAAGGUUUUGGAUUCCACAAGGCAGACAGAAGGUAAAAUCAAUUCCCAAUAAAUGUAUCGUGUGUAAGAAAUUAGAGGGUAAAUCAUAUAAUAGACCUAACAAAGCAAAACUUCCGGCAUUCAGAGUAGAGCAAGCGGAACUAUUUUCGAAGACAGGGGUUGAUUUUGCUGGACCACUAUAUGUGAAGAAUACAUCAGGAGGGACAGACAAAGUAUACAUCGCAUUGUUUUCCUGUUGCGUAACUAGGGCCUUACAUUUAGACUUAGUUAAAGAUUUGUCUGCGAAUGAAUUCAUGAGAUGUCUUAGACGAUUUUCUGCUAGAAGGGGGACCCCAUCAAUAAUGGUAUCAGACAAUGCAAAAAUACUCAAAGCAACAGUCAAGACUUUAGAAAACCUCUAUAAAACUGCAAGUGUACAAGGAUAUUUGGGAAACAAUAGGAUAGAGUGGAAAUUCAAUCUAGAAAGAGCUCCCUGGUGGGGUGGAUUUUUUGAAAGGAUGCUCUUUCCUACCGAAAUAAAGCACGAUGAAAGGGAAUGCGAGCGAAAAGAGAAUGAAAAAGGAAAGGAGGCAAAAGAUGAGGGUAGACGCAAGAGAGCCGCUGCUCUUGAUUCUGUAAAUCCCGAAAUUUGGGGAAAAUUAGAGCCCAAAGCUAGAGGGCGUGAUUUACAAUUGAGUGCCAUUCAACCAGCCCUGACAAAUAUCGGUCAUAUAGCAGGAAAAACUACCAAUGAACUGUUGGUUGCCCGCAAUAGCAGCAGCGAACUGAAUAUUGAUAAUCUUGUUCGUAUGAACGUUGAUACAUCGAUCCUGGGACAUGUAAGUUUUGAAUUAUCUCAACGACGACGUGACACUAUACGUCCCAAUCUCAAUCGAGAAUUUAGUACUUUAUGCGCAUCGUAUGUUCCCAUUACGAAAUAUUUGUUUGGAGAUGAAUUGCAAACCCAAAUUAAUCCCAUUCGCACAUCCAACAAGAUUGGCAACACGACAACAAGCUCUUCUAAUACCACUUAG